CAGAAGUGCACUUUGCCCCACUCACGUCAUUACCAAUCAUUCCGAACUGCCUCGGAACAGCAGCUACGUCAGGCUUAGAGCUGAUUCACUUUUGACAGCUCGUGCUUGUUAAAGCUUGACAGUCUUUCUCUUCUCUCGAGUGUGUUGAUUAAGUCCUACCAAUUUCAGUCGACUCCACGGAACGAACCAGCGAGAUGAGCGACACAAUGAAGGCUAUAGAUAUCAAGAACGGCAAGGGCCCGGUUGAUGCCCUCCACAUUGCAGAUGUCCCUAAGCCCAAGCUCGGAGAGUCGCAAGCGCUCGUCAAGAUCAAGGCAUUCGGCCUGAACCGCAUGGACCUCCUCCAGCGCGAGGGCAGAUACCCCGUCCCACCUGGCGCCUCCAAGAUCCUCGGUGUCGAGUUCUCCGGCACAAUCGCCGAGCUGAGCGCAGAAGGAGGCGGAAAGGAGAAUUUCAAGGAGGGCGAUGAGGUCUUCGGCCUCGCAUACGGCGGCGCAUACGCAGAGUAUAUCGCCGUCUCCACACACAUGCUGGUCAGGAAGCCAAAGGAACUGACCUGGGAGCAGUGCGCCGGCAUUCCAGAGACAUGGAUCACAGCAACCCAGGCCAUGUACCUCGUGGGCGCCUACCGCGCGGGGAAAUCCAUCCUCUGGCACGCCGCAGCCUCCAGCGUCUCCAUCGCGGGGAUCCAGCUCUCCAACGCCGACGGCGCAUCCGCCGUCUACGCCACCGCACGUCAAGACGCAAAGUGCGACUUCGCGGUGAAAGAACUCGGCGCAACCGCCGCCUUCAACACGACGACGCAAGACUGGGCGGCCGAGGUGCUCAAAGCAACAGACGGGCGGGGUGUCGACAUAAUCGUCGACUUCAUUGGGGCCGCGUACUUCCAGGCGAAUCUCAAAGCGAUCGCGAAGGACGGCGUGAUCGUGAACCUCGGCUUCAUGGGCGGCACCGUGGUCCCCGACGGAACCGAUAUCAGCGCGUUCAUCAUGAAGCGGUGCACGUUUGUGGGCAGCAGUCUGCGCAGCCGAGACGAGGCGUAUCAGGGCAAGCUACGGGAUCAGCUGGUUGAGCAUGCGCUGCCCAAGUUCAAGGAUGGCACUUUCAAGUUGUUUGUCGAGAAGGUGUUGCCGUGGGAGAGCAUUCAGGAUGCGCAUCGGCUGCUGGAGGAGAAUAAGACCAAGGGCAAGGUCAUUUGCACCAUCUCAUAGAGCAUUGGAGGCCAUUACGAAAGAAGAAUGACUGCAGUAUGAAAACAAUCUACAGAUAGGCUCUCACCGGCAAAAGCAAAGCAACCUUCCAGCAAUCGCAACUUGCCUAACAGCGAACUCACCACCCCGAACGCGACUGCCACAACACAACCACGCAACCUAACCUGACUUCUCCAAGCUACAACUUCAAGAAGAUGUUUUCGCAGAGCAACAAAAGACUCGAAUGAAGGCAUCAAUUUGGUCAAAAAGCGACGUUGGCAGGAUUCGAACCUACGCUCCCGAAGGAACAAGAUUUCUAGUCUUGCGCGAUAACCACUCCGCCACA